UCAUUGUGUUUUUACUAACAAAAUACUUUCCCAUAAAUGACGUUUCAUUUUACUCCCAAUAUGACCACUUAGUAUCUCAUUUAUUGUCCAGUUGACAUUUGAAUGUCACUGCAACCGUCGAUCCUAGAUGAGCCACCACCACCGGCCCCUCCCGCUCCCUCUUUCCCUCCGCGGUGUAGCGACUCUCCAGUCUUCACUCCGCAGGAGGAACCCGGUGCGACCCGUACCGGUUCAUGUAUGGUUCUAUGCUAAAAUGGAGGCUCUCAGAUGGCAAGAUUAGCGUUUAAAAUACAACUAUACCUUCCGCGUGUCUUUGAUGACGCCUUGGUUGGCAGCAGGGGGGAUUUUGUGACAUCUUUUUGCCGAUUUUGAGGGGAUCUAAUCAUUGGGAGUUGUAGGGGUAGUGUGCAGCCAUGAGCUCCGGGGAAGGAGCGGAGGAGACGACGAAGGACGGCGGCGACAUAGCAGCAUUUUUUAAGACAGAUGGAGCCCUCCCGAAAGAGCCCAGAGGAGAUGUAUCAAGUCAGAUUGCAGGUUUUAGGAGAAAUGAGGACAUGAGAGCGAUGGAGGUGCUUCCCAUCCUGAAAGAAAAAGUAGCAUUUUUGUCAGGCGGCAGGGACCGACGCGGCGGUCCAGUGUUGACCUUCCCGUCACGCAGCAACCACGACAGAAUACGAACGGACGACCUGAGGAGACUGAUCGCCUACCUGGCCGGCAUCCCUAGCGAGGAGGUUUGUAAACAUGGCUUCACGGUCAUCGUUGACAUGCGCGGCUCCAAGUGGGACAGCAUCAAGCCCUUGCUGAAGAUCCUGCAGGAGUCGUUCCCGUCGUGCAUCCACGUCGCGCUCAUCAUCAAGCCCGACAACUUCUGGCAAAAGCAGAGGACCAAUUUCGGAAGCUCCAAGUUUGAAUUUGAGACCACCAUGGUGUCAUUAGAAGGUCUGACCAAGGUGGUGGACCCCUCCCAGCUGACGGCAGACUUCGAUGGCAGUCUGGACUACAACCAUGAAGAGUGGAUCGAGAUCCGAGUGGCCUUUGAGGAGUUCUCUGGUCACGCCACACAGAUGCUGGCCCGACUAGAGGAGAUGCAGGAAACUGUUUCGCGUAAAGACUUCCCCCAAGACCUGGAUGGGGCCCGGAGAAUGAUAGAAGAGCACGCCACGUUAAAAAAGAAGGUCAUCAAAGCUCCGAUCGAGGAGCUGGACACUGAGGGACAGAGGUUAUUGCAGAGGAUCCAGAGCAGCGAGUCCUCCUCCAACCGCAAUGGCAGCAGUAGUGGAGGCAGCGGCGGAAGCAGCACAAGCAGCAACGCCGACACCCAGGGCCUGGUGCCGCGCAUCACCCAGCUGCUGGACAAGCUGCACUCCACCCGCCAGCACCUCCACCAGGCAUGGCACGUCCGCAAGCUCCAGCUGGACCAGUGCUUCCAGCUCCGCCUCUUCGAGCAGGACGCAGAGAAGAUGUUUGACUGGAUCAUGCACAACAAGGGCUUGUUCCUGGCAGGCUACACUGAGAUCGGCAACAACCACCCGCACGCCGUGGAGCUGCAAACACAGCACAACCACUUUGCCAUGAACUGCAUGAACGUGUACGUGAACAUCAACCGCAUCAUGUCGGUGGGCAACCGGCUCCUGGAGUCGGGCCACUACGCCUCCCAUCAAAUCAAGCAGAUUUCAGGCCAGCUGGAGCAGGAGUGGAAGGCCUUUGCCGCUGCACUGGAUGAACGCAGCACGCUGCUGGAGAUGUCGGCCAACUUCCACCAGAAGUGUGACCAGUACAUGAGCAACGUGGACACAUGGUGUAAGGCGUGCGGCGAGGUGGACUUACCCUCUGAGCUUCAGGAUCUGGAAGACUCCAUUCACCAUCACCAAGGCUUGUACGAGCACAUCACCUCUGCCUACUCGGAGGUAAGCCAGGACGGCAAAGCCCUCUUGGACAAACUGCAGCGACCUCUGACCCCAGGCAGCGCCGACUCACUGACGGCUUCGGCCAACUACUCCAAGGCGGUGCAUCACGUCCUGGACAUCAUCCACGAGGUGCUGCAUCACCAGAGGCAGCUGGAGAACAUCUGGCAGCACCGCAAGGUCCGGCUGCACCAACGUCUGCAGCUCUGCGUCUUUCAACAGGACGUCCAGCAGGUUCUAGACUGGAUAGAAAACCACGGCGAGGCCUUCCUCAGCAAGCACACAGGGGUGGGCAAGUCCCUCCACCGAGCCCGAGCCCUCCAGAAACGGCACGAAGACUUUGAGGAGGUGGCCCAGAACACUUACACCAAUGCAGACAAGCUGCUGGAGGCGGCCGAGCAGCUGGCCCAGACGGGAGAGUGCGACCCGGAGGAGAUCUACCAGGCCGCCCACCAGCUGGAAGACAGGAUCCAAGACUUUGUCCGGCGCGUGGAACAGCGCAAAGUCCUGCUGGACAUGUCUGUCGCCUUCCAUACACACGUCAAAGAGCUGUGGACAUGGCUGGAGGAGCUCCAGAAAGAGCUGCUGGACGACGUGUACGCCGAGUCGGUGGAAGCCGUCCAGGAUCUGAUUAAACGCUUCGGCCAGCAACAGCAGACCACGCUGCAGGUCACCGUCAACGUCAUCAAGGAGGGCGAGGACCUCAUCCAACAGCUCAGGGACUCGGCCAUCUCCAGCAACAAAACGCCCCACAACAGCUCCAUCAACCACAUUGAGAGUGUGCUGCAACAGCUGGAUGAGGCUCAAGCCCAAAUGGAGGAGCUCUUCCAGGAGAGGAAAAUCAAACUGGAGCUUUUCCUCCAGCUCCGCAUUUUCGAGAGGGACGCCAUUGAGAUUAUCUCUGACCUGGAGUCGUGGAACGAGGAACUGACGGGUCAGAUGAAUGAUUUUGACACCGAGGACCUGACACUUGCCGAGCAGAGGCUGCAGCAUCACGCCGACAAGGCCUUGACCAUGAACAACCUCACCUUCGAUGUCAUCCACCAGGGACAGGAGCUGCUUCAAUAUGUUAAUGAAGUCCAGGCAUCUGGCGUCGAGCUACUAUGCGACCGAGAUGUCGACAUGGCGACCCGUGUUCAGGACUUGCUGGAGUUCCUCCACGAGAAGCAGCAAGAGCUGGACCUGGCAGCAGAGCAGCACCGCAGGCACCUGGAGCAGUGCGUCCAGCUCAGACACCUGCAGGCUGAGGUCAAACAGGUCCUGGGUUGGAUACGCAAUGGUGAGUCCAUGCUGAAUGCGGGUCUGAUCACAGCCAGCUCCCUGCAGGAAGCAGAGCAGCUUCAGAGGGAACAUGAACAGUUUCAGCACGCCAUUGAGGUUCGACCACAGUUGUUUCUUCAGCCAUUUCCUGUUUCCAUCAUUGCUUACUCGUUCACUUUAGAAGAACCCUCUACUUCCCGCCUGCAGAAGACCCAUCAGAGUGCUCUGCAGGUUCAGCAGAAGGCUGAGGCUCUGCUGCAGGCCAAUCACUACGACAUGGACCUGAUCAGAGAUUGUGCUGAGAGCGUGGCGUCCCACUGGCAGCAGCUCAUGUUGAAGAUGGAGGACAGGCUCAAGCUGGUCAAUGCCUCUGUGGCCUUCUACAAGACCUCAGAACAAGUAUGCAGUGUGUUGGAAAGCCUGGAGCAGGAGUAUAAGAGGGAGGAGGACUGGUGUGGAGGUGCAGACAAACUCGGUCCCAACUGUGAAACUGAUCACGUGACCCCCAUGAUCAGUAAACACCUGGAGCAGAAGGAGGCCUUCCUCAAGGCGUGCACUCUGGCCAGGAGAAACGCUGACGUCUUCCUCAAGUACAUGCACAGGAACAGCGUCAACAUGCCGGGAAUGCUGAGUCACGUCAAAGCACCGGAGCAGCAAGUUAAAAACAUCCUCAAUGAGCUGCUGCAGAGAGAAAACCGUGUCCUCCACUUCUGGACCAUGAGAAAGCGGCGUCUGGACCAGUGUCAGCAGUAUGUGGUGUUUGAACGCAGUGCCAAACAGGCCCUGGAGUGGAUUCACGACACUGGCGAGUUUUACUUGUCCACACACACCUCCACAGGCUCGAGUAUCCACCACACGCAGGAGCUGCUUAAGGAGCACGAGGACUUCCACAUCACCGCCAAGCAAACCAAAGAGCGUGUGAAGCUGCUCAUCCAGCUGGCGGACGGCUUCUGUGACAAAGGUCACAGUCAUGCGGGAGAGAUCAAAAAGUGGGUGACGGCCGUGGACAAACGCUACAGAGACUUCUCCCUGCGAAUGGACAAAUACCGCUGCAGCUUAGAGAAAGCCUUGGGUAUCUCCUCGGACUCCAACAAGGCUAGUAAGGAUCUCCAGUUGGACAUCAUUCCAGCCACAGCUCCAGGGUCAGAGGUCAAGCUCAGGGAUGCCGCCCAUGAGCUCAAUGAGGAGAAACGCAAGUCUGCACGCAGAAAGGAGUUCAUCAUGGCGGAGCUGAUUCAGACAGAGAAGGCCUAUGUGCGCGACCUACGGGAGUGCAUGGACACUUACCUGUGGGAGAUGACCAGUGGGGUGGAAGAGAUCCCUCCAGGAAUCAUCAAUAAGGAGCUCAUCAUCUUUGGGAACAUGCAGGACCUUUAUGAAUUCCACCAUAACAUCUUUCUCAAAGAGCUGGAGAAAUACGAACAGCUGCCAGAGGAUGUGGGCCAUUGCUUUGUUACAUGGGCUGAUAAGUUCCAGAUGUACGUGAAUUACUGCAAGAACAAGCCUGACUCCACCCAGCUCAUCCUGGAGCAUGCUGGGAACUAUUUUGAUGAAAUUCAGCAGAGGCACCGACUGGCCAACUCAAUCUCAUCCUACCUGAUUAAGCCCGUGCAGAGAAUCACUAAAUAUCAGCUUCUGCUAAAGGAGCUGCUGACGUGCUGCGAAGAAGGCAAAGGCGAGAUCAAGGACGGCCUGGAGGUGAUGCUCAGUGUUCCCAAAAAAGCCAACGAUGCAAUGCACCUCUCCAUGCUGGAAGGUUUUGAUGAAAACAUUGAGUCGCAAGGGGAGCUGAUCCUCCAGGACUCCUUCCAAGUGUGGGAUCCAAAGACGCUGAUCCGCAAAGGCCGAGAGCGCCACCUCUUCCUCUUUGAGAUGUCCCUGGUCUUUAGCAAGGAGGUCAAGGACUCCAAUGGCAGGAGCAAAUACAUCUACAAGAGUAAACUCUUUACGUCAGAGUUAGGGGUGACGGAGCACGUGGAGGGAGACCCAUGCAAGUUUGCACUUUGGGUGGGACGCACUCCCACGUCAGACAAUAAGAUUGUGCUUAAGCUAAGUCAGGGAUCCAAACAUGGAGCGAUGGCGUCCAACAUUGAGAACAAGCAGGACUGGAUCAAGCACAUCAGAGAGGUGAUCCAGGAGCGCACCAUCCACCUGAGGGGAGCGCUGAAGGAGCCCAUUCAUAUUCCCAAAGCCAGCACAGCCAAGCACCACAAGGGCCGCAGGGAUGGAGAGGACCUUGACAGUCAAGGUGAAGGCAGCAGCCAACCAGACACAAUCUCCCUUGCCUCUCGCACCUCCCAGAACACACUGGACAGUGACAAGCUCUCCGGCGGCUGCGAGCUGACGGUGGUAAUUCACGACUUCAUGGCGAGCAACAGCAAUGAGCUGACGGUGCGGCGCGGUCAGACGGUAGAGGUUCUGGAGCGCUGCCACGACAAGCCCGACUGGUGCUUGGUGAGGACCACGGACCGCUCCCCCGCCCUGGAGGGCUUGGUGCCUUGCUCCAUGCUCUGCAUCGCACACUCGCGGUCCUCCAUGGAGAUGGAGGGCAUCUUCAACCACAAAGACACUUUGUCAGUGUGCAGCAAUGACUCCAUCAUGCCAGGGUCCUCUGCUACACUUCAGCCUGGUCAUGGAAUGGGCUCCCAUGCUUCACCAGGGCCAAAACGACCAGGCAACACUUUACGAAAGUGGCUCACCAGCCCCGUCCGCCGGCUCAGCAGCGGCAAGGCGGAUGGCCACGUGAAGAAGCUGGCCCACAAGCACAAGAAGAACCGCGAGGUGAGGAAGAGCGGCGAGAUGACCAUGGGAUCCCAGAAGGACUCGGACGACAGCGCCGCCACGCCCCAGGACGAGACCGUGGAGGAGAGGGUCCGCAAUGAGGGGCUGUCAAGCGGCACGUUGUCCAAGUCCAGUUCUUCGGGCAUGCAGAGCUGCGGCGAGGAGGAAGGCGAGGAGGGUCCUGAUGCAGUCCCCUUGCCUCCACCUAUGGCCAUCCAGCAGCACAGCCUGCUACAGGCCGACUCGCAGGACGAUAAGAACUCCUCUCGUCUGUCAGUGCGCCCGUCCAGUUCAGAGACGCCCAGUGCUGCCGAGCUGGUGAGCGCCAUCGAGGAGCUGGUCAAAAGCAAGAUGGCUCUGGAGGACCGGCCCAGCUCGCUGUCAGUGGAACAAGGCGACAGCAGCUCUCCCUCCUUCAACCCCUCGGACAACUCCCUCCUCUCCUCAUCCUCCCCCAUGGAGGAGAUGGACGAACGGCGGGCCAGCAUCCUCAAGAAAAGACAUUACAUUCUGCUAGAAUUGGUGGAAACGGAGAGAGAUUAUGUUAAAGACCUGGGCCAGGUGGUGGAGGGUUACAUGAGCCGGAUGAAGGAGGAGGGCGUCCCCGAUGACAUGAAGGGGAAAGACAAAAUCGUGUUUGGCAACAUCCAUCAAAUCUUUGACUGGCACAAAGAUUUCUUCCUUGGUGAGUUGGAGAAAUGUUUGGAGGACCCGGACAGAUUGGGGCCGCUCUUUCUCAAACAGGAGCGGAGGUUAAACAUGUAUGUGGUGUAUUGUCAAAACAAGCCCAAGUCUGAGCACAUUGUCUCUGAGUACCUUGACACCUAUUUUGAGGACCUGAAGCAGCGGCUUGGCCAUAGACUGCAGAUCACAGACUUGCUCAUCAAGCCAGUCCAGAGGAUCAUGAAGUACCAACUACUGCUGAAGGACUUGCUGAAACACUCUAAAAAAGCAGGGCUGGAGUCUGUGGAUCUGGAGAAAGCAGUGGAGGUCAUGUGCAUUGUGCCUAAAAGGUGCAACGAUAUGAUGAAUGUGGGUCGACUUCAGGGAUUUGAUGGUAAGAUCGUAGCCCUGGGCCGCCUUCUACUGCAGGACACGUUCAUGGUGUCUGACGCAGAAAGCAGUGUACUUGGCCGCAUGAAGGAGAGGAGAGUCUUCCUCUUUGAGCAGCUCAUCAUCUUCAGCGAGCCGCUGGACAAGAAGAAAGGCUUCUCCUUGCCUGGCUUCCUCUAUAAGAACAGCAUCAAAGUUAGCAGUUUGGGUCUAGAAGACAACGUAGAGGGCGACCCCUGCAAGUUCAUGCUAACUUCUCGCUCGACCAACGGCACAGUGGAGUCGUUCGUGCUGCACUCUUCUCACCCGGGGGUGCGUGAGGUGUGGACGCUUCAGAUCAGCCAAAUACUGGAGAGCCAACGCAGUUUUCUCAAUGCUCUGGCCUCACCGAUAGACUACCAGAGGAAUCAUGUUGGAGCCAGUGGGGGGUCCAGCAUGGUAGCUCCAGGCGGAGGCAGUAGUGGCUCUAACGUAACAGGAAGUUCCCAGGCUGGCGGUGCCAUCCCUCCACAAGGUGGCUGCCGUCGACCAUCCAGGAUCCCUCAGCCCUCUCGCCUGCCACAACCCCUCCGCCAACACCCCGGGGCCGACCCCGACAGCCCCAACAAGAUGUCAGGUCCAAGCCCCCGUCCCGUUCCUCCCCCCCUGCUCCCUCCAGGGGGCAGCCCACAGGGUAAGCGCCCCAGCAUCCAGACCCUAGAGGACCAAACACAGACCCCCACAAAUGCAGUAGCUCCUAUGGUCCGUGCCACAAUUGGGCCAUUGCCCUCCACUCCCGUAUCCAAACAACGGCCUGGACCCGUGCCCCCUCUGGUCCCCCCCACCUUUGCCAAGGAUAUCCUCCCUCCUCCCCCUGCCAGCCCCAGCCAGAAGUCUGGGUCUGGAUUCUGGAGCUCCAUGCCAGGCUCUCCAGCGAGCCGACCCGGCUCGUUCACCUUCCCAGGGGAAGCUGGGGAGAGUCCGGUACGUCAGAACUCCAGCCAGGUCCAGACCGGCUCUGGGAACCCAAAUCAAAGCCACAGGCACUCCACGCACAGCAAGGACGCUGACCGCAUGAGCACCUGCUCGUCCACCAGCGAGCAGUCCAUCCAGUCCACUCAGAGUAACGGGAGUGAAACUAGCAGCAGCAGUAGCGUAUCCACCAUGUUGGUCACCCAGGACUACAUGGCAGUGAAGGAGGAUGAGAUCAGCGUGAUGCAAGGCGAAGUGGUCCAGAUCUUGGCCAGCAACCAGCAAAACAUGUUCCUGGUGUUCCGGGCGGCAACCGAGCAAGGCCCCGCCGCUGAAGGCUGGAUCCCCGGAUUCGUCCUUGGACAUACCUCCACCAUUGUACCCGAUUGCCCCGAGGGAUCAGUGAAUAGGAAGUCUUCUUCCUGGCACACAACUCUGCGCAUCCGAAAGAAAUCCGAGAAAAAGGACAAAGAGGCCAAGAAAGACACAAAGCUGGAAAACGGUUACAGGAAGUCCAGAGACACCGGUAAAGUUUCUGUAAAGCUUCUAAAUCCAAAUUACAUCUACGAUGUUCCGCCCGAGUUCCUUGUCCCUCUUUGCGACGUCACGUGUGACAACAGAGAGAGCAUCACCUUGAGGUGUAAGGUGUGUGGUCGACCCCGUGCCACUGUCACCUGGAGGGGACCCAACCAGAGCAACCUCACUAACAACGGCCGCUUCUCUAUCACCUAUAGCGAUACUGGCGAGGCAACCCUGCGGAUCAUUGGCGUGUCGUUGGAUGAUGACGGCGUUUACACGUGCAUCGCCACCAACGAGCUCGGCAGCGUCACGUCGUCAGCCAGCCUCAGAGUGCUUGCUGUAUCUGUUGACGGCACGCGAGUGAGCUGGAAAGACAACUUUGACUCUCACUUCAGCGAGGUGCUUGAACUGGGCAGGGGGCGAUUCUCUGUCGUCAAGCGCUGUGACCACCUUGCCACCAAGCGAACAGUCGCUGUCAAACAGGUGAACAAGAAGUUGAUGCGGCGGGACCGGGUCACGCAGGAAGUCAACCUGCUUCAAAGGCUCCAGCAUCCCAACAUUAUCAGCCUGGUGGACACGUACGAAACCCCCAGCAGCUUUGUCCUGGUCCUGGAGAUGGCUGACCAAGGCCGUCUGCUGGACUACAUCAUCAGGUGGGGCAAUCUGACAGAGGAGAAGGUGGCUGGCUACCUGCGUGACCUUUUAGAUGCUUUACACUACUUGCACAACAGCAGAAUAGUACAUCUGGACAUCAAGCCUGAGAACCUGCUGGUGGCUCACAGCUCCAUCGGCCAGCCGUCAGUCAAACUUGCAGACCUGGGUGACGCCGUGCAGCUCAACAGCACCCCCUACGUGCACCCCUUGCUGGGCAGCCCCGAGUUCGCGUCCCCGGAGCUGGUGUUGGGCGAUCCCGUGUCUCUGACGUCAGAUGUGUGGAGUGCGGGCGUGGUGGCCUACGUGCUGCUGAGCGGUGCCUCGCCCUUCCUGGACGAGAGCGCCGAGGAGACGUGCCUGAACAUCUGUCGCCAGGACUUCAGCUUCCCCAGGGAUUACUUCCACGGCGUCAGCCAGGCGGCACGGGACUUUGUGUGCCUGCUCCUGAGGACAGACCCCGCCAGGAGGCCUCCGUCUGGGCUCUGCUUACAGGAGGUGUGGCUGCAGGCGGCCGACGUCCGCUCCACGGCCGAAUGCUGCCUGGACACCUCUCGUCUCGUCUCCUUCAUAGACCGCAGGAAACACCAGACGGACGCGCGGCCCAUUGGAGGAGUGCGCAGCUUCACCCAGAGCCGCCUGCAGCACCGGGUCUGAAUCCACAGCAGAAGGAACUUGGACAAAAUGUUGGCAGCGGCUUCCUCGGGAUGCAAAGAAAGUAGAAGGCUGAGCUCAUCCUCACUGACAAAAUGUCCUGUCAUCCUUCAUGGAGGCCCUCGUCUACUGCUGCUUGCUGCUUUACACUCACAUUUUGUACUUAAGACAAUACAAAUGUACAAAAAAAGAAAUAUAUAUAUAUAUAAACAUAUAUAUAUAUAUAAUAGUAUAAGUAAUUUAUUUUCCUUAGCAAGGGUUCAAGGCGACCUGUGCACAGAUUGAGAGCUUUUCAGGAGAACGUGACAGCUGUGAGAGAAGCUUUUGCUUUGCUCUUUUACACUCCCAACUUUCUUACAUUUAUAGAAAGCGUAAAAGAACGCUCCACAUGUCGCAUAUGGAGACAUGAACGCGUUCUUUUUCCUAGAACAAAAGCUGUGUAUGCGCGCGUGCGUGUGUGUGUGCGUGUGUGUGUGUGUGUGUGUGUGUGUGUGUGUGUGUGGCGCUGAUAUGUCCAAGCCUUACCUUGUAAAUAGACUUCUACUGCCUUGGUGGGCCUGACUUUAGAGGUCUGCACCUGUGGAGGAAAAGAAGCAAAGUGUAAAUGCACUCGUGGUACGUUGUGUUUCAUGUGCAAUGUUGCAGCUUUAACGUUUUAUGCAACUAUUUAUGAAGACAUCCGUCGUCGUGUGUCAUAAAACUAAUGUAGAGGAAGGUGUGUACUUGGUACUGCUAGUACUGCUGGUAGUUUUUCUGUUCACCGGCUACAAUCAUUACGAUCAAAAAUAUGUUUUAUUUGUACUGUACGUCCGUGUACCAAAGUUGCUAGCGUUUUGGAACUUUACAAAAACAAAAAAAAAUAUUUUAUUGUUCUUAAGUUUCACAGUUGCUAUGUGAAAUGAUUGUUUACACGAGUCAAAAAAGCGAUGUUAAAAAGAACAAAAUGUGCUUUUUAUUUUCCAAACUGCAGCGUUGAAGUUUAAUUUUGUACAUCAUUUUGUUAAAAACAGUGUGUACAGAUGCUUUUUGUUGCCAAACUCAGCAUUGUUUAACAAACCACCGCCCUUUGCAUUAAGCUGAAAAAGUGUAACAUUUUAUUUAUUUUUUGGUGUGCUGAGGCCAUUCAAAAAAAACAAAAAAACUGGAUACCUCAGUUUGGGGUUUUUUGUUACGUGGUCAUAUUUCACUUGUUUGCUAUUUUAAUUUUGUACCUUUUUUGCAUGUAUAUUUUUUGUAUAGAUCAUAUUUCUCCUGUAAAUAUUCUCAUUUGCAUCAGUUAUUUGAAGAUUAAACAUAUUGGACACAUGA